UGAUUAUCCCCGCACAGGCGUGGACCUUCUACUGUGCAGGCUAAGAACAAAAGGGCCAGCGGAAUUCCAAAACUUGAGUGCACGAGUUGAAGUCCAUCAGAAACUUUCAGAGAGCUCUGCCGCAUGGGGGUGUGGAGAUGGGUUCCAUCUCGAGCUUUCACAGUCCUACAUCCUUCACAGCUACAUGCAGACACGGUCGCAUGAUGUCGCAUGUAGAUCCAUGUGAUUGCAGCCAUGCCUUGCUAGGCCUAGUCCCCAACUACAUCGUUGGUGUUUGGUUUGGUUUGGUCUUCGCCACGUGAUGCUCGCCGGACUGGUCAAGGCCUUGCUGGAUCUUGGCUUGGAGCUGUUGCUGCCUGCCAGCUGCUGGGUCGAGGCGAGUGGUUGAGAUGGUCCAAUCGAUGGCAAUCGACUGAACCAUGGGCCAUGCGCCAAGGUGGGGCAUUUGCCCCAUGGCCACAGGAGGGCUCCAACAUCCCAGCGGUGGCCAGGCGAGCCAAAGGCUAUCGCAAGCCUUCAGCCCAAGUGCCAUCAGCAGUGGAGGAGCUGGCCAGUGCGGAAUUUCUGCAACGACUGCGUGAUGGUGGGCCCCAGGCUGAGAGGUCUGAGGAUUUGCCUGAUGUGGACGCCAAUUGGGUGGCUGAAAAUGCCAAUGAGACUGCACGUAAUGUGGUCACUGCGCUGUGCCAACAUCGCUUUGGAGAGAAGGUCACGGUCGACGAGGUCAUUGCUGGCCCCCCGGCAGCCAAAGGCACCGAGUUCAUCGUGACACUGGCGCUUUCUGACCGCAUGGUGUUUGGGUCUGCCAGCAGUGGCCAAGUACAGCAGUUCGACCGAGACACCACCACAUUGCUGGAGCAACUGAAGGAGCUCUGUGGAUGGAAGCUCGGCAUCUACAGGCUUAAGGUUCAGACGCCGGGCGUGGAGGAGGACUUGAAGAGCCUGGAGGAUCUUUGGAGAUGUGAACUCUUCCCAUGCUAUGUGGAGUGGGUGAAAGGGACCUCUCGGUUUUCGAGAUACUUGAUCUUGGACCGGAACAAGACCGCCGCAUCUGAUGUGGGAGUCACCAUUUGGCGCUUGGCAGAUUGUUCGGAGAACCAUGUCAAGGGCAAGCUCUCAAACAAGCAAAGGUCGCAGGAGUUUGAAAUCCUCCACGGUGACUUCCUGAAGGUGCGAACUCAUAUCGACAAGAAGUCCUACAGCCGCAUCAAGAAAGCGCGUGAGGUGCUGCGAAACGAAGUCCGGGGCGUGGCCGCCGCGUUGGCGGAGCCGGAGGACGAUCUCUCGGGCGACCCGGAGGCAGAUGAGGCCGAGCGCUCCGAGCGGUCCCCGACACCGCUGGCCGAUCGGACGUGAAAAAGAACCGCCGGGUCCGCGAUUCGCGGUGGUCGGAGAGCGAUCGGGGCACGGAUCUCAGUGGAAC